AUGAUGGCACGGGCUUUGAUGUCUUCCUGGAUGCUGCAUGUGCAGCUGGCGGCAGCGGCAGUCCACCAAGGCACCAUGAGCAUGUGGAGCCAGACUCACGACACCCUCGUGGCCUACAAGAGCGAGGGCAGCGCCUGCAAGUAUGCGGACCGCCUCAUGGGCGGGCUCAACUCUGUCACGGCCCAGACGCCGUACAUCACGUCCAAGAACUACUGCGCUGUGAAUCGUGGGCUCUUCGGCAACGGCGAGAUUUGCGGGCGAUGCUACCGUCUGACCUACAAGGGCGGCCACGAGCAGGGCCUGGGCUCGCCCGGCAGCGACGUGGUUCAGAUCGUCGACUCUGGCAGUUGGGCAACGUUCGACUGCCACAUGACGGCCUUCCAUAAGAUCACCAACUACGACACCGGCUUCUUCCCCAUCACCUACGAGGAGGUCGCCUGCGACACUUCUCCGGAGGGACCUGUCGCUGGGGUUCUGCAGUAUGACUACUACUUCACGAAGAUGGUCUUCAGCAACCUCCGGUACCCGGUGAAGGAGGCCGAGCUCACCAUCGGCGGCAAGAAGCACGAGAUGAAGCUGAUCGGCGGUUGGUGGUCAGCCUGGACCGGCCCAAUCACGGGCAAGACGUCCUUCCAGAUCACUGAAGAGAAUGGCUUCGUCGUGAACUUCCCAAACUGCUUCCACGGCGAAUGGACGAACCGGAAGACUGGUGAUGCGUGCUACACCCACGGCACGGGGCGAUCCGGAAAGCUCCUGGUGAAUGCCAGCUUGACAGAGGGCGUCGAGAAGGUCCUGAGCCUCGAGCCUGUGGAGAAGAACGAAACCCAGCGGCCGCAGCUGCGGGGAGCAAACAGCUCCGUCCUCUUCCCUUAG